AUGAAGAAGCUGUUUUGGCUUUCUCUUCUGUUCAUCCAUCUGCCUGAGACAGAGAGCAAAGAUGAAACUCAGACCUGCUUAUCACAGCCCAAAAAGUGGGUUUGGUAUAAAACAGGACAGUCAGCUCUUCUCUCUUGUAGCAUUAGUCCACGCUGUCAAGCUAAGGACCUGCUUUACCAGUGGUUUGUUUUCAAAGAAAGCAGCCAUUUUCCUCUCAAAAUUACGGGCAAAUACAGCCUGCGUGGAGCAUCUUUAUACAUCAAGUCACUUAACGCCGGUGACAGCGGGAUCUACUACUGUGCCGUUGAAGCCCAAUCAGACACAAAGUGCUGUGAGCAGAACGUGGCGACGGGGACAACUCUGGUAGUUAGAGGUAAAGUAAUGUUAAGGCCAAUUCUUCUGUGGUCAUCGUUUACCCUUCUGGCCAUCUACAGUUUGGCUAUAAUGAUGCUUAUCAUUUUAAAGAAGUAUGGCUUCAACACGAGUGCCAUCAGAAAGAUGUCUAAAUCUGACAAGUUUGGUUUCAGCCAAAAGAUGCAGUUUCGUGACGUGCUGCAAGAAAUGAACAGCAGGAGGAACUUGAGCAAAAGCAAGCCAAAAAGAAGAAGUCAUUCUCAAGUUGUUGAGGCAGCAAGUGGGGAGUGCAACAUUUCCAAUGAUGACAUCUAUCAAAACAUCUAA